AUGUGCCCAAGUGCCCAAGAAGCGCGGUACGAUGUGCAGUACUCCGCCCUCUUGAUAUUAUCAUGGGCUGUUUCUCAGCCGCAAGUGAUGGGUACCAUCACCUUCCCCCAAGUAGAUAUUGCUGAAGCCAGCAGUAAUGACCCCACCAGUUACAACACUGUCAGCAAUGACCCCACCAGUGACAACACUGUCAGUAAUGACCCCACCAGUGACAACACUGUCAGUAAUGACCCCACCAGUGACAACACUGUCAGUAAUGACCCCACCAGUGACAACACUGUUAGUAAAGACCCCACCAGUGACAACACUGUCAGUAAUGACCCCACCAGUGACAACACUGUCAGUAAUGACCCCACCAGUGACAACACUGUCAGUAAUGACCCCACCAGUGACAACACUGUUAGUAAAGACCCCACCAGUGACAACACUGUCAGUAAUGACCCCACCAGUGACAACACUGUCAGUAAUGACCCCACCAGUGACAACACUGUUAGUAAAGACCCCACCAGUGACAACACUGUCAGUAAUGACCCCACCAGUGACAACACUGACAGUAAUGACCCCACCACUGACAACACUGACAGUAAUGACCCCACCACUGACAACACUGACAGUAAUGACCCCACCACUGACAACACUGACAGUAAUGACCCCACCACUGACAGUAAUGACCCCACCACUGACAACACUGACAGUAAUGACCCCACCACUGACAACACUGACAGUAAUGACCCCACCACUGACAACACUGACAGUAAUGACCCCACCACUGACAGUAAUGACCCCACCACUGACAACACUGACAGUAAUGACCCCACCACUGACAACACUGACAGUAAUGACCCCACCACUGACAACACUGACAGUAAUGACCCCACCACUGACAACACUUGGCUCUGUGGCUCUCAGUAUAGAUUUUUUUCCUCCUUUCUGCAAUCACUUUUUUUAGUGUCUAAAUCUUGA